AUGGAUAGUACGACGCAAUUUGCUUACAGGACGCUCAAGGGGAUUGGUCUAGUGAACGCUGCUCCGGUAUACCAGUCUUUACCUGGAUUUAAAAGACCUGAAGGUAACAGCCGGUGCUGUGUCUACUCGCCUUGUGGUCAAUACUUUGGCUGGGCUUCGACCGAAGGUGUCACUGUCGUUGAUUCUUUUGAUGGAAAUGUGAUAACUACUCUCAAUAUCCCUAAUGUCUACGAGCUCGGAUUUUCACCCAGAGGAUCAUACCUAAUCACAUGGGAGCGACCAUCAAAAGACGAAGAGGGAAAUGCUGUUAAGAAUCUCAAGGUCUGGCGGACUGUAGAGGAAGUACCGGAAGGUUGCGAGAAGACAGUUGUUGGUCGCUUUGUGCAGAAAUCCCAGACAGGCUGGAAUCUUCAAUAUACUUCCGAUGAAAAGUACUGUGCUCGUGUUGUAACCAACGAGGUUCAUUUCUAUGAGAGCGUUGAUUUAGGAACUGUUUGGACUAAGCUGAGGUCAGAGGGCGUCGCCGAUUUCGCUGUAUCACCUGGAAUCAGUCAUUCUGUCGCUAUUUUCGUUCCAGAACGUAAAGGUCAACCAGCUGCAGUGAAAAUUUUCGAUGUGCCUCAAUUUAGUGCACCAUUGUCACAGAAGACUUUUUUUAAGGGUGAUAAAGUACAACUCAAAUGGAAUCAGCAUGGUACCACACUAGUGGUCCUCGCACAGACCGAAGUUGAUAAAACUGGUAAGAGUUAUUAUGGCGAAACAACUCUAUAUGUAUUAAGCUCGAAUGGUGGUUUUGAUUCCAGGAUAACUCUCGACAAAGAGGGACCAAUCCAUGAUGUUUCAUGGUCGCCAAACUCGAAGGAAUUUGGAGUCAUCUACGGAUAUAUGCCAGCUAAAACAACAAUCUUCAAUUCAAGGGCUAUAGCCACUCACUCGUUUCCAUUGUCUCCUAGAAACACAAUCAUAUUUUCGCCAACUGGCCGGUUUGUGUUGGUCGCUGGGUUUGGAAACUUGGCUGGUCAGAUGGAUGUUUAUGACUUGGAGAAAGACUAUAGAAAGGUAUGUACAAUUGAAGGCGGAAAUCCAAGUGUCUGUGAAUGGAGUCCUGAUAGUAAGUACAUCUUGACUGCCACAACCAGCCCUCGAUUGCGUGUCGAUAAUGGCAUUCGCUUGUGGCAUGUUGGGGGCAGCGUUAUGUAUAAUGAGGACAUGGAAGAGUUAUAUCAUGUCACAUGGAGGCCACAGCGAAGUGAAAAUUUCCCGAUUACAGAUCUUCUCAGUCCAGUCCCUACCCCUCAUGCUUCUGCUUUAGCAUAUCUCGGUACUGUCAAGGUGUCAUCCAAACCAGCUGGUGCCUACAGACCUCCGGGAGCAAGGGGAACUGUCACGCCGCUUCACUUCAAACGUGAAGAUGAAGGUGGAGCUGCCUACGUCGUUAGCAAUGGCUCAAUGCACACAAAUGUAAAUGGAUUUGGUAGAAGUCGUCGAAGCAUACCUGGUGCUGAGACAAUUGAGAAUUUUCAUCCUGGUGCCGCAAUAGCAGCCGGCGCUGAAGGGGACGAGAAUCUUUCAAAGACAGCACUUAAGAAUAAAAAGAAGCGUGAAGCCAAAAAGGCGAAGGAGGCUGAGGCAAAAAUCUCUGGAUUACUCCCCAGUGGUAUCGACGAGUCGAUCGAGAAUCCGUCCUUUGAGCGUCGUGAUCGUCGUGAACAUGUGCGCAGCUCUUCCAAAAACCAACAAGAUUAUCUCGCAGGCUCUAUGCACCGCCAAAGAAACCACGUAAACCAAAUUGGGCCUCACAAACUGUUCCCAGCAUGCUAUCUCCUGACAUUAAUAACUCCGAUAGCGUCAGCCAGCACUCUAAAAAGCUUCGUGCUCUUCAGAAAAAAAUGCGUGCCAUUGAGGAUCUGGAGAUGCGUUUGGCAGGCGGGGAAAAGCUGGAGGAUACACAACUGA